GCAUGCGUCCCGAAAAGCUCACGGGACGAACGUAGAGGACGUACGCGGAGCAGUGCGCCGGGGAGCGAAAAGGAAGGAACGAGCGGCGAGAAAGUAAGAGCGAUCCCCGCGCAGAAAAUUAAGCAGAAGACAGUGGCAGCCAUUUUUCCUGACAUUGCCGUUCCUGCGGCUCGUGGUGCUAAUUGCCGUCGUCGAUUCACGGCUGGUCUCUGGAGCUGAUCGGGGACAGCGAGGGGACGGUGUUGUAGACGGUCGAACGGGGUGUUAUUGUGCGCACCGAGAUUAAAACGGCGCGAGAUAACGAUAAGAGAAUUCAGACGUCAAUGGUACGGCGUGGCUCGGAGUGACGAGUGCGUGUGUAAACGAUCGCAGAGAGUAGUGGGGCUCGCGAUCGUAGUUGGCUGAGUGGACAGCCGAAAAGGAGGAGCUGCCGACAACGGGAAGGGUGUUACAGGAGGCGACAGCAACGGCGACGGUGACGACAACGACGACCACGACGGAAACGACGACGGCCACGAUACGACAACGGCAACGAUCGCGGAAACGGAGCUACGGCAGCCCAGCCUAGGCGUCCUUAUUUUGCGGUUUCUUCCCUAGAAACCCUCUGCGAACGGGGAAUCGUUAGUAUUGCACAGUGCACACAGUCACGCGCCACCGCGUACAUCAGCGCCACGAGAUGGAGAGGCGAGCUGCUUUUGUGCUGCUGGGGAUGCUAUAUUUAGCGGGCACCCUCGUCACGGUCCAGGCAGUAACCUACAAGGGGGUGCCGGACAUACACGAGGGCCAGGCGUGGUCGAUCGAGUGCAGCGGCCUGAAGCCGGACGAUCUGAUCAGAUGGACCAGAAACGGGCAGUCGCUCGAGCCGGAGUUGGCCAGCGGUCAGCUGGUCGUCGAAUCGCCGGUGGGGACCGGAAGCAGCACGCUCCGGGCGAUCUACGCCACCGACAGCCACGACGGGGACUACAAAUGCACCCCCGACAGCAACGAAGCCUUCCACCUCUGGAUGUACUUUGAUAUCAAGAUUAAAGUAUUAACCAACAAGGACAUACCUAUGACGCUGGAGUGCGCGAAUAAAACCGCUGGUUCGAAGGCGAAUUGGAUGAAGGAAAACGUGCCGAUAUACACGGCCCUGGCUGGCAACGACGACCUCUUCAAGAUCGACAACGAAACCGGCAAUCUGGAGCUCCUGAAGAACAAUGACGUCUUGCUUGGAAAUUAUACUUGCAAAGUACAGAAUACCUCCACGGAGUAUAGGAUCGUGCCAAAGCCCACGGCACACUUGACCGAGUCUAUCAGCGUGGUGGAAGGAGAGAAGCUGCAUUUAGUGUGUACCGGUAGGCACAGUCCUGGUAUCAAAGUGGCAUGGACGUUCGGGAACCAGGACUACAAGCGCAGUGAAGGUCGCGUUAAGAUCGGACGGGACGCAGAGAGGGGAAUCUACGGGACCGUACUGAUUGUCGACAACAUUGAGAUGAGCGAUCGUGGCAACGUUUUCUGUAAAGUGUCAUACAAUUGGUCCGAUACCGCUGAGAAUCACGUCGCAGAGGCCCAAACAUUCCUCAGGGUCAAAGACAAGCUCGCCGCACUCUGGCCCUUCCUAGGCAUUUGCGCGGAGGUCAUUGUUCUGUGCACUAUCAUUCUAGUUUACGAGAAGAAACGAAACAAGGCUGAACUCGAGGAAUCCGACACCGAUCAGAGUCCCGAUACCAAACCAACGCCCAACAAGGACUCCGACGUCAGACAGAGAAAGUGAAACGGCGGACAAUAAGCGGCGAACGAACGAGAGCGAUGCAGGAUAGCAGAACGGAUAUGGGGAACGAUCGUGGGCAUCCUUUUGCCGGAGUGACAAUAUAGAUGAUAACUGUACAGAGAUAAAACGUGUGAGAAAGAGAGAGUUUGCGAGAGAGAGAGAGAGAGGAAAGAAAGGAAGAGAGAGAGCGAGAGAGAGAGAAAGCGCGAAAGAGCGGAAGGGAGAGGGACAGCGGGAUGAGAAAAAAUAAGU